UAAUGUCAACGACAACAAGACAAUUGGGAUAGAAAGGUAUUUAGAGAAGAAAUUGUAUUAUUCUUGUAGUUCCAAUUUUUCCCGAAUUAUUGGUAAUGACAUUAGGGUGGGAGAGACGGAUAAAAGUGAGUAAUGAAUAUAUCCGAGAAAGAACCUAUGUCUAUUGAAGAUAAUGAGAAAUACACUAUUACAAAAACUGAGGAAUAUAGGUCAAUUACAGUUGAGCAUUGCAACAAAGCAGGAAAUUCGGGAACCAGUAUAACAGAUCACAAAGAACCAAUAAUGGCUGAGCAAGGAUAUGAACAUGGUGAAUCUGUUUUAUCCAAAACAAUUAAGAAAAAUUUUGUUAGGAUAUGUGAACUUCUCGAGGCUUUUCCUCUAAGUGACUAUCUUCUCCAACAUGACGUCAUUACAAUGGCGGAACAUACUGAACUCAGACAGAAAUCGAAGUACUGUCAAUCUGAUGCAAAUGACGAUUUAUUGAAAAAACUUUGUAAGCGAGAAUUUGAUCCCAAAAUUCUAGAGACAGCUUUAAGAGAGACUAAACAAACUGGUGUACUAAGAAUGCUAUUCGUUACUAUGUAUUAAAACACUAUUUA